AUGAAAACAACAUCUUAUUCGACAGGUAUUGAUACGGUUGAAAUUGGUGGUGACAUGGAAAUAAGUUUAUCAACAACACCCGAUGGCAUUGAACUACAACGAAGUUCAAGCAUUUUUAAAGUUGGUUUAGCUAAGCGUGUCUUGUUGCCGGUAAUGGAAGAAUGGUUCAAUGGGAUUUUAGCUGGUGUGAAAGAUGCUGAUUUAAUUGUUUUUCCAUGUUCAUGUGUAUUGAUUGGAUUAAGUUGUAUUGAGAAAUAUCCGAAUAUAAAAGCAAUCGGAAUCUAUACUUUUCCUUGUAUACGUACAGUGGAAUUUACGCCCCCUGCUCUUAGUGGUAAAAGUGAAAGUAUGUUCAAUUGGAUAAAUUCGUUGAAAUGGAAAUUGCUUGAAUAUGGUGCAUCGAGCAUGUAUAAUGAUAAAAUUAAUCAACUUCGUGCCAACAUUGGCCUAGCACCAAUUAAAUUGAAAUAUGAUCAAAUGAUUCGAUCAAUAUUUCACAAGCCAAUGAUAACUGCAACCAUCUAUUCAAAACACUUACUUCCACGUCCAUUUGACUGGUCAGAAAACGAUCAUAUGGUGGGUCCGAUUCUUGAAGAAGAUAACUAUAGUUUUCAAUCAUCACCUGAUAUUCUGAUGUUUUUGGACAAAUGGAAAGGCGAAAAAAUCAUUUACGUUGGUCUUGGUUCAAUGAUGAAUAUCAUGUUUGGAAUAGAUGAUCAAUUGGAAUUUUUAAAAAACAUUCAACUAGCUAUUCGAAAUAACAAUUGUAAAGCAAUUAUAUCACUAGUAGGCUUACAACAAGCGAACAGUGAUAAGUUAAACAAUGACGAAAAUAUAGUCUAUCUAAAAGAAAUUAUUCCACAUAGUUGGUUGUUUCCGAAUAUGUCAGCAGCAAUUCAUCAUGGAGGUGCUGGAACUACGCAUACAAGUCUACGAUAUGGUUUACCCACACUAGUAUUACCUUUUGGAGCUGACCAACCAUUUAAUGGUGAUCGAAUAUUUGUCAAUAAAUUGGGACCGAGACCUAUUCCUAUACGGCAAACCAAUGUGAAGAACUUGACUAAUGCAAUCAGUGAUUUGUUAAGAAAUUAUUCAAUGUAUCAAAUGAAUGCUAAAACAAUUAGUGAAUCAAUCAGGGAUGAAGAUGGACUUGGUCAUUGUGUUCGGCUUAUUGAAGCUGAACUAGUUGUAUGA